CGAAAAGCAGAGGUGGAUUAACAUACUCACCUUGUACACUUGUCCCCUCGAUAAUUCUCAUAUUCCCGUGAAUUUAUUCGAUCCAAAGUCGAGUUACGCCCCAUAAAAAAAAAUUGAGAAACAAUUCACGUCCACCUUCCCUCUGACAUCCAUCAUUCUGAGUAAUAAAGCGUGCAACAGCCGGAGAAUUCAAAAAAUUCAGCUAGACUCCCUAGGGCAGAUCGAAAUAUCGAUGCGCGUGAGAUUCUGCUCAUCAACAAAAACAGCCGCGAAUACACAGUCCUCCCCAGUAGCCAGACUCUGACCCAAUUGCGUUGAUGUUCAGGGGAAGACGAAAUUAUUCAUUUGAAUUAGUUGUCCCUGACGUGCGGGAGAGGGGGGGAAUAAAUAAUUGGUGAAUAAUUAUGGAGUUACGGUGCAUCAAUAGCAUAUAUGAAGACCCUGAACCCUCGGAGUAUCUUGUCAGUGCGAUGAUACGCAGGUGACGGCUACAAAGUGGUUCCUCGUUGACAAAUCGAAUCAUAAAAUCACUCUUAAACCGACGAUUGUUGUUCUCUGAUUCAUGAUAAACUUAAGAAUAAUGCAUUUGUGAUUAGAAUAACGUGAAUGGCAAUGUGGCGUGUACUCAGUGGCUGCAGCAGCUGUUCUUAUCGUCUCGAGGGUCUAGGAUGUAACAGAACCGAAGAAUUUGGAACUCCCGUGAGUUCAGGAAGCAAUAUGGGUAGUGUAGCGAGAUUUCCAAAACUCGAUGAGUGCGCCCAUUUUCAUUACGAGCAUGUUGAGCUCGAUGGACUCCAGGUGUCUGUCACAGAAGUGCCAAACGACGGAGGGUUUGCUGUGCGCGUCACUUCAGGUGACACCUGCUGGACCCUCCAAAGAUCAUACGAAAAUUUCGUAAUGUUUGACAAGCAGCUGCAUCGGUGCAUAUUCGAUCGAAAAUUUUCAUCACUUGUUAAACUCCCGGAGACACAGGCGGAUAAUACUCCAGAAUUGAUUACCACUUAUCUCGAACGUUUUUCACAAUUGAAUCACGAAGGUCUCAAUUGUGGGCCAGUUUUAAAUUGGCUACAACUGGACAAUCGAGGAAGAAGAAUUCUCGUUCCUGAGUCUGACUCGUGCCCUAUCAAUACACCAGCUGUUGCUGCGGCUUAUGCGGUUCGGCCGUAUGCUGCACAGGCACAGGAUGAGAUCACAUUUCAGGUCGGCGACAUGAUAUCCGUAAUUGACAUGCCACCCCCCGGUGAGAGCACCUGGUGGCGGGGUAAAAAGGGCUUCGCCGUGGGCUUCUUUCCAGCUGAGUGCGUUGCUGUAAUUGGUGACAAAGUGCCUCGUCAUCUCACUGUCUCCACGACUGUUCGAUCAAGACUGCCAGUGAAGCCAGUCCUUAGAAAACACGGCAAGCUCAUAGCUUUCUUUCGAUCUUUCAUACUGAAUCGGCCAUCGAGGAGGCGCUUAAAACAAUCGGGAAUUCUCAAAGAGAGAGUCUUCGGUUGUGAUCUUGGUGAGCACUUGUUGAAUUCUGGACAAGAUGUACCCGCUGUGCUGACCUGCUGUGCAGAAUUUAUCGAGACUCAUGGUCUUGUUGAUGGAAUUUAUCGAUUGAGUGGUGUAACGUCUAAUAUUCAACGACUUCGUCAUGCCUUUGACGAGGACAGAGUUCCAGCACUGCAUUCCGACGAGAGUAUACUUCAGGAUAUUCACUCUGUUGCUUCACUACUUAAGAUGUACUUCAGGGAAUUGCCAAAUCCAUUGUGCACCUAUCAAUUGUAUUCGACUUUUGUCAGUGCUGUUCAAGCUGGGACUGAUGCGGAGAGAUUGAGGAGAAUGAGGGACGCUGUUAGGAAGUUACCACCACCACACUACAGAACCCUGGAAUAUCUGAUGCGUCACUUGGUGAGAGUAGCAGCUCGUGGAGGUGAGACAGGUAUGACACCCCGAAACGUAGCAAUUGUUUGGGCACCAAAUCUCCUCCGGUGUAAGGAGCUAGAAGUUGGUGGAGUUGCGGCCCUCCAGGGAGUCGGUGUCCAGGCGGUGGUGACGGAAUUUCUCGUGUGCUACGCGGAGCUCAUCUUCAGCGAUGGCCCAGUGGGUCGUCCCAAGUCCCUCGCCAUAACCACUCCAGCAAGACUCUUGAGCCUGGAAGAAGCCAGAAACAGAAAUCACCGAACCGAGUCCGACUACAUCGAAGUGGGAGCUGGAUCAGCGGGUCUUCCUCUGCACUAUCACACGAUAAUUGAUCUUCCCAGGAAGCGCAACAGCUCAAAACGUUCACCAUCGCUGAAUUGGCGAGCAAUAUUCGGUAGGGGAGGUUUCGGUGUCAGAGGAAAAACGAGACAAGUGGGAACUCCUCCCCAGUCUGAGACAGUUCCAAGUUCCCUGAAUUCUCUGAGACGAUUGAGACCAGUGAAGAGUGCUGACAGUCUUGAUGGUGAGGACAAUUUGUGCCCACUGAUGAUACCACCAGCGAGCAGACCAUGUGGUCACAGCAGAUCAGUCUCUCAUGAUUCUUAUUUCGAUCAUUUGGCUGAUGCCCCCAGCUCAGUAUCACCGCUAGAUCUCUCGGAAAUUCAGUUGAACUUUGAUUUGGAGGAGCGUGAAAUGCGGAUGUUCUCUGAGGAAGAGAGCAUAGUGCCAUCAUUGGAGGCAUCUCCAAGACGUCAGCGUAAUGAUCCACCACCCUGCAUAUCAGUGACUGGAGGAUCGAAACGAAAACGCUCGAGACUAGAGGAACGUCUUCACUGUGAUGUAGAGCUCAGGUUCAUUGACAGCCAGAGCCCAGAUCAGAUCAUGGUGUCGGCUGAUGUGCAUGGCAUGGAGACACCCUCACCACUGAUCACACCUGGAUAUCUGCCACUGCUGUCCGAAGCAUCAACACCCAUCAGUCCUAGCCAGACACUCCAGCCAACUUCCAGUGAAAUAUCUCCUGGUGCUUCUAACAGUCCCAGGAUCAGCUUUAGAAGCUUUACGCUGCCACUGGAGUUUGACGAACCUACGGAGGAGACCAGGAAGAGAACCGAUGCCAAGACAGGGGAGGAUACUAGUCAAUGUAGGGGUAGGGAGGAUAAUAUUAAUGUUAGGAAUUCUUUGACAAUAACGUCUGGAGCGACUGAACAGGAUGGAGAGAUGUCUUGUGAUAAUUUUGAUGGCAUUGGGGAGAGUGAACUGUCCGGGGUGUCUGCUAUGCAUCUUCAGGAAGGUGAAGAUCUCCAGAAGCCGGUCGCUGAGGAAGUUCCCGAAGAGGAAGACGAGAAAUCUUUAUGCACGAGUCGUGAAUCCUUUCCAGCGAGCCAGGGUCUGACGUCAGUGGAGCCCUCAAUGCCCCAUCGAAAUGAACCAACAGCGAGUACCCUCCCGUCUUCAAGUGCCACCGACCUGGACUCCCCGAUGUCCUGCGAGCAGACCCUGGAGGAUCUCCCGGACUCUGGUUUCGUAAUAUGCGACAGUUCGGACAAAAUGUUCACGAACACUGACACGCAGCCCCUUGAAACCAUCACCAACAAUUCAGGGGAAUGGGUAAUGAUAGAAAGAACAACAGAAUCAUUAACAACACCAGCCGGUAGUGAUCCUCUGGAGGGAACAAUGGCAGCAAUAGCGACAGACGCUCCACGACAGCGAUCAGUAUCCGACAAUGCCUCCAGGACGUCCCUGGACCUGACCAUGUGCUCGACAGUGGAAACAGACACGUCCUGCGUGGGUAGAAGUGAGAUGACAGAGAGUCCAUUGAUGCACGAGCCUCAGGACGACAUCUCCUACGAUAUGACUGAGUGCAAAGAGUCCGUCUGUAUGUGCCAACUGACUGACGAGGGUAAGGAUAAUGUGGAGAGCCAAGCUCUCCAAGAGGAAGACAAGUACAAGGAUCAGAAGAAUGGAAACGAUAGGCCACAGUCUGACAGCUGCAAUCCUCGUCUCGAUAAUGAUAAUGUGUACUGCAGUAACCUGAACGAGUCUAGUGGGACGAAUUCGGGGGAUGUCAGCCUCGACGAGAAUAACCAUCAUGACAGUCCCUUCAAGCAGCAGGGAGUUGGCAAAGGAUAUUUACAAAAAACCAUGAAGAGAAAUAUAAACAUCAGGAGUUCACCGAUGCAGAUGAGUGAGGAGGUUGUAAUUCCCUCAGAGAAUGCUGCAGAGGGCUGUGACAUUGCUCACGAUCCAGAAGGAGCAUCUGAGAUAACCUCGCGUGACUCCUCCUGCACAUUUUCCAACACUUCCUCGCCAAUUGAUGAGUCAGUGGUGCUGAGAGAUACAGCAGCCAUUCUCCAGGAGCUGGCGCUGCAGAGGCUGUCAGGAGGUGUUGGGAGUGAAACUCCCAUACAGAAAGAAAAAUACGAACUGGGAGUUCAGCGUCAUCAGUCCAAUUAUCACACCGAUGUUGGGAGAGAGAUUGUCAGGGAGAGGAAGAUGAGGUAUGAGGAGUCCUCCAGGGGAAAGUCGGAUGAGGGUACCAGCAAUAAUCAGUAUCUGCCACCUUGUUUGAGGGCUAGACAUGCACGUGCUACCAGGGCUGCUCUCAGUCGCUCUCUGGAUGAGGGAAAAUUCAAUAGAAUGACUGAGGAGUCUUCUAGGGUCAAGCAGGUGUUUGAGAGGCCUGAUUACCAGCACAAUUCCACACCGAAUGUUGGGGGAGAUCUCUCAAUGUCUUCCUCGCAGAGCAAUGAAAAAUUACAGCUGAAAAAUCUUGGACUCGAUCUCGGGGACCCCAGGUGCAGGGAGAGAAUCGAGAAAUACAAGGAGGAAAGGAGGAUCUUCCUGAGGGAUAAGUACAGGAGCGAGAGCUUCAGGGGGGCUUCGAGAGACGAGACUGGAGAGCAGGCGCUACUUGCUAGGCUUAAACAACGGGCUUCCAGACCCUCUUUACAUUGACUUCGUUGAGGUGAUAGAUCUUUCGAAUUUUUUUUUUUUUUGUUGGGGGAGGAAAAAAUGAUGUUCAGUGAAAUAUUUUUGAGAAAAACUAACCGAUUGCUGGGAUAGAUCAGUCCUAGUGGGUUGUUGCAUAUUUUUUUAAUUGGAAAAAUUGAUAAAGUGAAGCAAUUGAAUGAAAAAUGUUAAAUUGACAUUUUUUUAUUUGGAAAAAAAUUAAACAUUUGGUGUUAUCCGAAGAAAGCUCUGCGUUUUGAUUUUUACAAGUAAAAAAAUUUUAUGUAAUAUUUUUCAUUCGACUUUCAUAUCCAGCAUUAAAAAAUUUCCGUGCACAACUCUAAUUUUUUUUUUGCAUUAAUUCUACUGAAGAUUAUGAAAUUUUAUUGCAUUUUGUCUUAGAUAACAUUCACGGGUAUAAAUUUUUCAAGUUUUCCUCAAUAACUUAUGGUUCUACUUCUGCAAAAAUGCUCAAGUCGCAUAAUUUUCAAGAGAAUUAGCAGAGAAAAUGGAAUUCUCGAUUUAUUAUAGAUUUUUCUCUUAUUGAAUGGAGAACAUUAACUAGUUGGACAAAAAUUAUAGACUAUUGAAAAAAAAACCAUGAUUCAUCGUCACAGAAAUCUAGAUGUCUCAUAUUUUCCAUUCAAUUUUGCAAAAAUAAUUGAAAAUGAAGACGAAGUUAUGAAACAAUGAGGUUAAAGCAACAUUUUGUCGUCUGGAAUAAUUGAAAAAUAAAUGUUACUCAUUGUUCUACCGCUUUGCAACAAAACUCUGUACUUUAAUUUUGACUAACUUGUUUUUUUGCCUUCGUCAACAAGCAGAGGAAUAUAACAUUCCCAAUAAUUGUUGUAAAAUAAUUCCACGUUAUCGAGCGGAUGAAUUAAUCUUUUGAAAAAUAAAUGAAAAAUGCUGAUUAAUUAAUAAGCAGGCUGAGAGACCCCUAUGCGUGCCAGUUUGUAAAUAUGCACGUUAAGUUUUGUGCUAUAAUUUUUUUUUAUUACGAAGAAUGUUACGAAACGAUAAAAAUUUAACGACUAAAUUCAAUGCAUUUAUUAAGAUAAUGGAGUAAUGUGAAAGAAAUCUAUAGUGACAUUGAGAAUGUGGAGAACAGAAUUGAAUGAAUCCUCUGGGAAUUCUUAUUCUGAGGUGAUAUUAAUUUUUUUUAUCGUCUGUUUUGAUAUUAAUUGAGAGCAAUGUUUUUUACGCUAUCAACUUAUACUCGCCGAUCUAUUCUUGUGUUCAGUUUGAAAAGAAAUAAGUUUUCAUUAUUUUUCCUUUGUUAGUUUAUUACUGUUAAUGACGACUGUAAUGGAAUCCAUGGUAAACCAUAAUUUUUACGAGCGAAUUAAUCAUUAUGUUGCAUUAAGGAUUUUAUAUAUUAUGGAAGGGUCUUGCUGCAGUGGACAGGUCUAUUGCAGCUCAGCCCAUACGCAUUUUUUUUGUAUAUAUAUUUUUUUCUCUUUUUAUUAAUGCUACGUUAUUUCUUUUUAAUCGGGAAGGCACAUGUUGAUCUGAUUAAUUGAUAAUUAUGAAAAUUAUGACAAGUGUUGAGUAAUUGAAUGAUUAGGUUUUGGUUCGUUUUCGUUAUUUUGAUUUUGCGUGUGGAUUUUUUUGGAAAAUCCAAAGUUUCUCCAAGACAUUCUAUUUAAGUUCUGAAAACAAAAAAACUAUGAGUUUUCACUGUUGUUCUGUUUUUAUAAUUUGAAAAUCUGAUAAAUACAGACAAAUUGAUGCCCAAUAAUUCAAACAUAAUUUCAAAAUUCUUGUAGAAUUCUAAUAGAUUUCCCUAGCGAAAAUACCAGAUGUAUCAACAAUUUAAUAGAAAGAUCUAGGGAUUUACUCAAGAAUUCCAUCGAUUUUGGAUUAAUAUUCUAUUAAAUAUUUCUGUGGAAGAUCCGACAAUUUUAUUGUUCCAUUUUUUGAAAGUUAUUCCAUAUAAAAGACGUUCCAAAUGUUUCUUUUUCCUUGAAAAUUCUUUUGCAUAAUUUUUCAUUUUUUUAAUUGCUUUUAUUCUCAAUUAUGCUAAAACCAGAGAAAAAGAUCUAGAAAAUUGAAACGUAACAAUUAUCGUUUAAAAAAUGCCAAAGGAAUUAAAUUUUGUCUAUCGCCGAAUGAGUACUUUUGGAUUUUCAUCUGUCAAAACAAUUGAUGAAGAAACUAAAUUGUUUAAUUUUUUUAUAAAAUUGUAAUAGAAUAUCUUCGAGAAACUCGAGCGUUUUCAUUGUUAUCUCACAUCUGUUGACAAGCGAAAUCAGAAUUUAGAAGAGAUUCUUAAUUGUGAGCCGAGUGUAUUCUUCAGUGAUCUGAUAUUUUUUCAAAAGAGGCAAAUAAAUUGAAACCAAUAAACCGACGAAAUCAAAAUAGUCAUUGAGUGACUGCAAGAUAUUAUUGCUCUCUAAAGUAUGGAACAUGCAGCUCAUAUGUGCGUUAUACCUAGGAAUUGUAUUCUCAACGUAACAAUUUAAUUAUUCGAUUGAAUGAGAAUAAAGGGGAGCCAAAGAGUUAUAAAAAUCUAAGAAGUUGGUAUUUUUAGUAAUUGAUCUGUAGCAACUUGUGAAUUCCAAGAUCUAAUAGAUACUUUACGAAUUCAGAUAUUUGAAUUCUUUUGCGAGGAUCAAGCAACGAUGAUGUACCGUUAUUAAUGAACAUUUGUUAGAUUAACAAAUUAAUUAAAUGGAGAUGAAUAUGUGAACGUGUACCUAACGAGCGUCGAUUUAUUCAUGAAGAGAUUGAUAUGUCCUUCGUCUUUCCGCUGCAUUAAUCAAUCGCAAGGAAAAUUAGGAUAACAUCUAAAUUCUGUGUAAACAAUAAAAAAAUACUAAAAGUUGAUGGUUUUUAUUCCUUAUCGCUAUUGCCUGUUUAGAUAGUCUCUCAGUAUAAAGAGAAAUUAUUGUAAUUAUUUAAUUUUUCUCAAUUUGCAGUAUGAGAAGAUUCUUAAUGAAUAAACGACUUUUAUUACA